CCUUAGCUCGCUCUCUCUCCUACGCAUUUUUUCUGUAACUACUACUUACCUUUUAAGAAUGGCCAAGACAUGUUGCAGUUUGUGUUUGGUCUUUCUUCACGUUUUCCUUUGCUUUGUGUUAACCAUUUCAGCACCUGAAAGUGCCAUUGUAACACAGGUUCCUGGCUUCAAUGGCACUCUACCUUCAAAGCACUAUGCUGGGUACGUGACAGUGGAUGAAAGUCAUGGACGGAACUUGUUUUACUAUUUUGUUGUGUCAGAGGGAAAGCCUUCUGAGGACCCUGUGGUUCUGUGGCUUAACGGCGGACCUGGGUGCUCUAGCUUUGAUGGAUUCAUAUAUGAGCAUGGUCCUUUUAAUUUUGAAGCAGCAAAGACAAAGGGAGGCCUUCCCACGCUGCAUCUCAAUCCAUACAGCUGGUCAAAGGUUUCCAGUGUCAUAUAUUUGGAUUCUCCAGCUGGUGUGGGGUUUUCAUACUCUGAGAAUAAAACUGAUUACAUAACAGGAGACUUAAAGACUGCCUCUGACACACAUGCCUUUCUGCUUAAGUGGUUUGAACUAUACCCUGAGUUCCUUACCAACCCAUUCUUCAUCGCUGGAGAGUCAUAUGCUGGAGUUUAUGUACCUACUCUUGCUUUUGAAGUAGUGAAAGGAAUUGAUGCUGGCGUCAAGCCCAAACUGAAUUUAAAGGGUUAUAUGGUUGGAAAUGGUGUUACAGAUGAAAUGUUUGAUGGCAAUGCUCUUGUUCCAUUUGUGCAUGGGAUGGGUCUUAUCUCAGAUGAUCUGUUUGAGGAGGUUAACACUGAGUGCAAAGGAAAUUUUUACAAUCCAACAAGUGAUAAUUGUGCUUUCAAGCUUCAAAAAGUUGAUCAGGACAUUGAUGACAUAAACAUAUAUAACAUUCUAGAACCAUGCUAUCAUGGCACAGAGACACAGAAGAUUACAGCAUCCUAUAUUAGAUUGCCAUCUAGCUUCCGGAAGUUAGGUGAGACUGAAAGACCUUUUCCUGUGAGGAAAAGAAUGUUCGGUCGUGCUUGGCCCCUAAGAGCACCUGUUAGACAUGGAAUUGUACCAACUUGGCCGCAGCUGAACAAUCUUAACCAUGCUCCACCAUGCACUGAUGAUGAGAUUGCAGACACAUGGUUGAACAAUGAAGCAGUCAGGAAAGCAAUUCAUACUGCACAGAAAAGUGUUGUCAGUAGCUGGGAACUUUGCACAGACAUAAUUUCCUUUGAUCAUGAUGCUGGGAGCAUGAUCAAGUACCACAAGAACUUAACCUCCAAAGGGUAUCGAGCACUUAUAUUCAGUGGUGAUCACGACAUGUGUGUUCCAUUUACUGGGAGUCAAGCAUGGACAAGAUCAGUGGGCUACAAGAUUGUUGAUGAAUGGAGGCCUUGGAUGUCCAAUAAUCAAGUUGCUGGGUUUACACAAGGAUAUGACAAAAAUCUUACUUUUCUGACCAUAAAGGGAGCUGGGCAUACUGUUCCGGAAUAUAAACCAAGAGAGGCUUUGGAUUUUUAUAAACGCUUUCUUUCUGGAUUGCCAAUAUGAAAGAGACUGAGAAUGGAAUAAUGCUGCUUUUCGUUUUCUUUGUACUUUAUAAAUGAUUUAUAUGGGUGAAUGGAGACAUCAUAUUAUAUCAUAUAUGUCUAUUCUAUGUUUACCUCUCUGAUUUAUUACCAUGGUAAUAUUAAUUACCUUUUAUAUUUAAAAUGAGACUAAUAGCAUAUG